CAUUAAUAAAUGGUAAUUCAAAUAAGAAGAAAUUAUUUGUCCCAAAUGGAUUCUAACGGCUGUUUAGAUAAAGAAUUACAAGAAAUAAAAAUCGAAGAUAACAAAGAAUUAGUAAGGGUGAAAGAGGAAUUAACUUUUAUUGAUAGUGAAGAAUAUGAGGCAAAUAAUUACUUGGGGGUAACACAAAACUAUAUAAAAGAGGAAUUCGAAUAUUUACCAUUUGAGCAUUUACCUAUUAAAGAAUCAAAUAAGUGUGUUGCUAACAGCACAGGUGAAAAGAAAAAGAAUGAAACUACAUCGAAAUUAGAUUUAGUGUGUGAUAUUUGUGGUAAGAAAUUUACCAGAAAGCCUAAUUUAUUAAUUCACAAAAGACUUCACACUGGAGAAAAGCCAUACUCAUGCACUGAUUGUCAAAAAAUGUUUGCAAGAAAAGAACAUUUAGCUCUUCAUAGGAGAGUUCAUACUGGAGAGAAACCAUAUUCAUGUAAAGCUUGUGGGAAAUUAUUUAAAAGAAGGGACACUUUGGACACCCAUUUUAAAAUUCACACUGGAGAAAAGCCAUACUCAUGCAGUGAUUGCCAAAAAAUGUUUGCACGAAAAGAACAUUUAGAUGAUCAUAGGAGAGUUCAUACUGGAGAGAAGCCCUAUCCAUGUAAGACUUGUGGGAAAUUGUUUAAAAGAAAGUACCAUUUGGACAUCCAUUUGAGAAUUCACACAGGAGAAAAGCCAUAUUCAUGCAGUGAUUGUCAAAAAGUGUUUGCAAGGAAGGAACAUUUAGAUCAUCAUAGGAGAGACCAUACUGGAGAAAAACCCUAUUCUUAAUUCACACUGGUGAGAGACCUUAUAUGUGUAAUAUUUGUCAUAGGGGCUUUCCCCAGAGACAAGGUUUAACUAGCCAUUCAUUGAUUCACAC